AUGGCAGUCGAACAAACGGGCUCGUCCACCUCGGCGUUUGUGUCCUCGCUUAUUUUCAACUUGGUCAUCUUCGCCAUCUUCGUGGGCAUCUUCAUUCUCUUGAGAAACAAGUGCCUCAACGUGUACCGGCCAAGAACGGACAACAGACUCCUCCCCGACCACUUGAAGGCGCCUCCGCUAGCACCCUCGGCGUUUGGCUGGUUCACCGACCUCCUCACACGGCCCAAGAGCUUUGUGCUCCAGCAGGUGGGCGUGGACGGCUACUUUUUCCUCAGGUACUUGUUGCUCUGGGCGUACGUGGGCUUCUUUGGCGGACUCAUCUUGUGGCCCAUCCUCUUUGCGGUGAACGCCUCUGGCGGCGGCAACAAGACCGGGUUCGACAUCAUCUCGUACUCCAACAACACCCACAAGUGGCGGGUCUUUGCCAACUUGUUCUGCUCGUGGGCGUUUUUCGCCUUUGUCGUGUACGUGAUCUACACCGAGUUGGUGUACUACACGGGCUUCAGACACAACAUGCAGUGCACGCCCUUCUACAGCAGUUUGCCAAGCUCCAAGGUGCUUUUGAUCGACAACGUGGACCAGGGCCUUCUUUUCGAAGACUCGUUGAGAAGACUCUUCCCCGCUGCGUCCAGAAUCGCCAUCACCAGAGACACUACGGAGGCACGCGAGACGUGGGAGAAGAGAGGCAAGCUCACGGGCAAGCUCGAGGGCGCCUUCACUAAGGUGCUCAGCAAGUGUAUCAAAACGAGAAGCAAGCUCGAGAAAAAGGCCGAGAAGGGCAGCGACGUCGAGUUCCCGACCCCGGUCAACAGCAUCGAAAGCUACAUCCCAGAAAAGAAGCUCCCAACAUACAAGUACAAGCCUAUCAUUGGCAAGUCGAAGAAGGUGUUCAACGAAGGGCUCGACGAGCUCGACGAGUUCAACCGCAAGCUGGACACCGAGCAGGGAAAGAUCAAGGAGUCCUCGGACAGUCUCGCCAAGGUUGGUUCCGUCUUCCUCGAGUUCCCUUCGCAUCUCGAGCUCCAGAGAGCCUACCAGGCCGUCAACAAGUCCGACAACUUCAAGAAGUCGAGACGCUUCCAGAGUUUCAUGCCAGAAGACGUGAUUUGGAAGAACGUUGGCAUUGGCUACGUUGCCAGAAAAUCCAAGAGAGCUGGCGCCAAGGCCUUCUUGACGUUGAUGAUCAUCUACUGGGCCAUCCCUGUUGCAGUGGUUGGUUGUAUCUCGAACAUCAAUAACUUGACAAACAUGGUUCCUUUUUUGCGGUUCAUCAACAACAUGCCUUCGGUCCUCAUGGGUAUCAUCACCGGUAUCUUGCCUUCUGUGCUCUUGGCCAUCUUGAUGUCGUUGGUUCCACCAAUCAUCAGGUACUGGGGUAAACAGGGUGGCUGUAUGACGCUCCAGCACUUGGAUCUGUGGACUCAGCAGUGGUUUUACGCCUUCCAGGUGAUACAGGUGUUUUUGGUCACCACGUGUACCUCUGCCGCAUCCUCGUCGGUCACAAAGAUCAUCAGUCAGCCAAGCAUGGCAAUGACGUUGUUGUCUCAGAAUUUGCCACCAGCCUCCAACUUCUACAUCUCCUAUAUGCUCCUCCAGGGCCUCUCGAUCAGCUCUGGGAUGCUCGCCCAAGUGGUAGGCCUCAUUCUUUCGUUUGUGCUGGGCCGGAUCUUGGACAAGACCCCACGCCAGAAGUGGAACCGCCAGGUGAACUUGUCACCUCCUAGCUGGGGGACGCUCUACGGCUCGUUUGGCCUCUUCACGGUGAUCAUGCUCUGUUACUCGAUCAUUGCUCCAAUCAUCAUUGCUUUCACGUGCAUCGCCUUCAUGUUGAUCUACACAGCCAUGAUGUACUCACUCGUGUACGUUUCCGGCCACACAACAGACAACCGUGGCCGGAACUACCCUCUUGCUCUCUUUGAGGUGUUUGUCGGCGUGUACCUUGCCGAGAUUGUCCUCAUCAUUUUGUUUGUGAUGCAGAAGAACUGGGCUUGUGUCGUGCUCGAGGCCGUGUGGUUGGCGCUCACCGUUGUCGCCCACUUGUACUUCCGCAGAAUCUUUGAGCCUGUCCUUGACACCGUGCCGAUCGGCGCCAUCGAGGGCAUGUACCCAUGCAAAGACUUGGGCCGGGAGCAGGUGUUCCAGGAGGGCCAGCGCUACUUCGUCAAGGAGAGCGACUCGAGCAAGAAGAGCACGAGCUCCGACUCCUAUGUCGGCACCAAGAGCGACAGCAAGAGCGGUCCGGGCCACGCACCCGGUGCGGGGCACGAGGACGCCGAGCUCGACUUCAAGAAGAUGCAGCUGGAGGACCGCGACUACAGCGGCAUGGCCACCAACUUCGAGGAGUACGUCUCCUCGGGCUACAAGGACGGCAUGCGCUACGUGAUCCAGCGCUUCCUCCACCCAAAGCGGUACGUGAACUACUCCAACUACCGGCCGCUCAUGCCGCAGUUCUGGAGCCUGCCGCUCUCCAGCUCUUUGGCCGCCACCCCUCGCUACCAGCCACCCGAGAUCACCGACGACAAGGCCCCCGUCUUGUGGGUCGCUCGGGACCAGCUCGGUUUGAGCGAGGAGUUGAAGGUGGUGUGUAGCGAGCACGGGGUCAGCUGCAGCGACGCCGACGCUGUCUACGACGAGAAGGCCAAGGUCCAGGUGACGGACGACUCGUACCCGCCGGGCUACGAGAGCACCAUUAUGUACUGA